AUGGCAGCUCUCAAUAGGCUGUCUCAGCGGAUAAUCGAAAACUUCCAGGAAACAACAAGAGAUCUAUCGCUUCUCACGGGGUCCAACCCAUCUUCCACUCCAUACGACCUCAGCGAUGAUAGGCUCAAGGAGAUCUCGAAGCUCUUGGAGAGUAGGAUCGAAAGGGAGAGACUGGAAGGUAUGAAGAGGAUCAUAGCUGGAAUAUCGAAAGGAAGAGAUAUGGAGAGUUUCUUCGCUCAGGUGGUCAAAAAUGUCGUUAGUCAAAGUAUAGAGAUCAGGAAGUUGGUGUACAUCUAUCUGCUGAGAUUCGCUUCUACCAAUUCAGAUUUGCUCUUAUUGUCUAUCAACACUUUCCAGAAAGACCUUUCUGAUCCUUCACCGCUAAUUCGAUCGAUGUCCUUGAGAGUGCUUACGUCCAUUAGAGUACCUGUCAUACAAGGUAUCGUCAUGCUAGGUUUGAAGAAACUGGUUACAGACCGUAAUCCAUGGGUGAGAAAGACAGUAGCAGGUGGAUUAGCGAAAGUGUAUGAAAUGGAUCCCAGCUCAUUACCCCAGCUGAUGGCCCUUCUUCAAACCUUACUUUCAUCCCCCUCGCCUCUCACCCUCGGAGCAACCUUAACAGCAUUUAUCGAAAUAUGUCCCGACAGACUCGACCUCUUACAUCCAUAUUACCGACACAUCAUCAAGCUCCUUGUAGAUGCAGAUGAAUGGGGUCGAAGUGUCGCUUUGGGCGUAUUGACUCGAUACGCCAGAACCAUGCUCGAACAACCUCCUAAUUCAGGUUCGACUGACCCUUCUACCAUCCAGACACAACCACCAACAGCAAAUGGGAACGGCAAAGACGGAGAAGAGAGUGAAGAUGAAUUUUCAGGUAUAGAUGAAGAUCUUGCGAUGUUACUUCAUUUCAUUAAACCGCUCUUCCAAUCCCGAAAUCCUGCUGUGGUACUGGCCACCGCAAAUGCUUAUUAUCACUUGGCACCUUCAUCACAUAAGAUCAUAGGGCAGGAUCUACUAGUCAAACCUAUAUUGAGAUUGGCGGGUAUCUCGAAUGAUGAGAGAUUGGGUAAAGAACACAUAAGCGCUUUGACAUGGGAUGUCAUUGCUUCGAUGGUGGAAGAAAGACCAUGGUUGUUCGCGAAAUACCAUCAAUCUUUUUACCUAUAUACUUCAGACUCGACAUCGAUCCAGAAAUCGAAGUUACGUGCGUUAGUAGCUCUGGUCAAUAAGGAUAACGCUCAAGUAUCAAUGAGAGAAUUCAAGCACUUUGUACGACUCCCUGAAGCAAGCACCGCCGAAGAAGCUGUCAAGGCGAUUGGCUAUGUAGUGAGGACUCAACCUGAAGUAGCCGCAAGUGGUUUGAAGAGCUUGAUGAAGCUUCUCAAAAGUCAGUGCGACAUACUAGUGGCCCAAGCAGUCAUCGUGCUCAAGUCCGUCAUCCUCUCCUCAACAUCCAGCCUUUCGUCAGCCUCAAUACCCUCACCCCAGAAAUUAGUCGCGAAGUUGACCAAACAACUAGACGGGAUAACCAACCAUAAAGCUCGAGCGUCGGUAUAUUGGCUUGUGGGUCAAUUUGCUGCCUGCGAUCCUUCGAGGGAAUCAGAGAAGAAAGGUCUAGGAUGGGAAGGUGUGGAAUUGUGGGUACCGGAUAUCUUGAGGAAAGGUAUCAAAGGAUUCACAAACGAGUCUGCUCAAUCGAAAUUACAAAUCGUCACACUCGCAACGAAAUUACUAGUCUUAUCACCCUCUUGUAAUCAACUGAACCUCAUGAGUGGAUAUCUGUUUUCGCUGGCGAGGUAUGAUGAAGAUUACGAUGUGAGGGAUAGAGCGAGGUUCUUACAUGCUUUGUUGAAAGGUGUAAGAGACGAGAAACCCACUAACACUAGUAUUAGCGCUGAGCAAGAAGAUGGACAAGGUGAAGAUGAGGAAGAAGAGGAUAGAGGUGGAGUGGUGUUGAGAAGGGAACAAGUCAAAGUUGUCAUAUUGGGUAAAAGGGAGAUCGGUGACGGUAUUUCUCAAGAGAAUUAUCAAGGUAAUGAAUACCAAGUAGGAUCUAUGUCAAAGAUAGUAGGCAAGAAGUUGAAUGGGUAUGAGGAAAUACCAGAAUGGACGGAUGAUCCGACAGAUUCGUCUUUAAGAGAUUCAGAGUUCGAGAACCUUCAACCUCCCACACCACUUCCUGCACCUACACCCACAUAUCCUAUUCCACCUAAUUCGUCUCAAGCUGUCGGUGUGGUCCGUCAAGGUAUUUCACCUGUUGGAUCUUCCCCCGCUGGGUCGUACCCUCGUACACAUACUCCUUCGUUAGGUACCAAUACGGCAAACGCAGCGCCGAAAGGCAAGUUUAGGGAUUUAGACGCGUUCUUGAAUAGUGAGAGUGAAAGUGGCGAUGAGUCAGAGGAGAGCGACAGCGACCAUUCACCUCCUGCUCCGAGAGCUGUCACUGCUCCUCCCCGAAGUGCAAUCGUACCAGAAUACGAUGAAGAUACCUCUGAAGAGGAGACGGACGAUGAUGGGACUGAAAGUGAGAGUGAGAGUGAGGAUGAGCAAGAUGAGCGGGCGGCGUUGUAUCGAUAG